AUGGAGAAGGAGUGGAACUCUUUCAAGAAGUUUAGCGCUGUGGAGAUCCUCUCAGAAAGCCAGAUCGCAGCUCUUCCUCAAGACGCUGAGAUUGUGAACACGCGAUGGGUUCACACUGACAAGAACCAGAAGCCGCGCUUGAUGGCUGGUGCAAUGCGGCGACGCACUGGGAAGUCUGAAGCUCAGAUCAAGAAGGAGUACCCCUUCGAAGCCAAAUCCAGAAUGGUUGUCAUUGGCUGCCAGGAGAAGGACACUGGCAUCAGAUCUGACUCUCCCACUGCAUCACUCCUGGCCUUCAAUUUUGUGACUUGUUUGUCAGUUAUUUUUCAGUGGAUUUUGGAAGCGUAUGAUGCGAGCACAGCAUAUCUCCAAUCUCAAGGAAUAGCACGUCUCCUGCUUCUCCGUCCUCCUCGACCACCACCUCCUGGAGUUUCCCCACAUGACUUGCUGCGUGCGAAAGGCAGCAUUUACGGCACGCGAGAUGCUGGCCGUAGCUGGUGGAAGAAACUUUUCAAAGCUCUCCAGCGACUUGGCUGGGUGAUGUCAAAAUUGGAAGCUGCACUGUUUUACCUUUUUGACUCUGAAGUUUUGGUUGGUGCGCUCGUAGCCCAUGUGGAUGACCUUUAUUCCACUGGCACCGGAAAGAAGUAUGAGGAGUCCUUGAAAGUUUUGGAGAAAGAGAUUUAUUUGAAGAGGAAAGUUGGUGAUUUUCGUUUUUGUGGAAAGAAUGUGAAACAAAACCAAGAUGGAUCUGUUUCUUUGGACCAGAUCGACGCAAUUGAGAGUUUGGAAUAUAUGGUUUUGCAGAAGAACAGGCGCGUCAUGCCGAAUGCGCCGUUGAAUGAGGAUGAGAAGUCAGCCUUCAGAGGGCUGAUUGGUUCACUUGGAUGGAUUGCCCGUCAGACCAGACCUGACGUGCUUGUGAACGUUUCCCUGGCAUCCCAAACAAUGGGAAAUCCGACGAUCAAGGAUGUCGUGGAGCUUAACAAGGUUGUCAAGGUUCUAAAGGAGAGCUAUGACUUCAAGUGGAACUUUGUCCCAAGCUCCAACCUCACUCUGGAGAAUGCCGUGGUGUUUUGCAUGGCUGACAGCAGUUUCGCAAACACGACCAAGCUGCGAAGCCAAUGUGGCUAUGUGGUUGGUCUGACCACUGCUGACUUCACCUCCGGCUAUGACACGCCGGUGAUGAUACUGGAGGCUUACAGCGGAAGCAUCAAGCGUGUUUGUCGCAGCACUUUGGCUGCAGAAACAAACGGGUUCCUCACCGCGACCGAGGCCGCCGACUAUGUGAGGAUGCUCUUGCUGGAAGUGAAGCAUCCAGGCGUUUCCAUGGUUGACUUGGAUAGGUUUUACCUGAAGGGCCUGCUCAUCGCGUUGACUGACGCGAAGUCCUUGGAAGCCACUCUGAACAAGGAUGCUGGCCAGCCUGCUGAUAAGCGAGUGAAAAUACUUGUCAGCCAAGUGAAAGAGUUUCUUGGCGGCGACAGCUAUGAAGAUGAUGGUUCAGUACGCUGCCAUUGGUGUGACACAUCGCAGAUGCUAGCCGACGUUUUGACGAAAGCUGGAUGUGAAAGAGAACCUCUUUUGGAUGCGAUGACCACUGGAAAAUGGCGCCUGAAACCAAGCGCCGAAGCCGAAGAAACCAAACAGAAGAUCCGAGAUGGAAGGAGACGCAGAAAAGCUGAGAAGCAAUACUCUGUGGCCGAAAACCUGGAUGGCUCCUUGCGAGAAGUGGAUGUAGCCUCCCAGGAGUCUAGCCAUGCCAAGACCAGCUUCAAUGAGGAAAUCGGGGGCCGAAGUGGCCCGAAGGUAGAGGAGGACUUCCCUUGA